AUGUACAUCAAAGAACUUGAGUCAAUAAAAGAUCAAGUUGAAAAAAGAUUUAUGGUAAUGCCAAUUGGUGCUGGUGGAGGAGCUUGGUAUAGAGAAAGAUGGUAUCUUUUAUUUUUAUUCCUUAUCCCACUUAUAUUAGUUGUAUUCUUCGUAUGGUGGAGAAGAAGAAGAUUACGUAAACAAUAUAUAAAGAAACAUGGUUCAAAUCAAAUUUAUUAUGAAAAUCAUCCUCAACAACCAGUUACUGAUGAAAAUCCAGCUACUACAAGUUAUAUUCCACCAUUAAAUCCAAAUGGAGCUAAUUAUACUAGACCAAAUGUUCCACCUCCUCAUGUUUAUGCUCAAGAACAAGAUGCUUAUGGUAAUGUGGUUCCACCUCCUUAUUCCCCACCUCCUGAAGAUGCUCAUAUUAAGAAUUAA